AUGCUCAACACCAAGGGCAUCGUGGUCUUCUCCGGCGGGAGCGCCGCCAACAAUCUCGUCGACGUCUUCGAGGCCGUACGGGAGAACAAGGACUGCCCGCUGAGCUACAUCAUCCCGAUCAGUGACAACGGCGGCUCGUCGUCGGAGCUGAUCAGGGUCUUUGGAGGGCCAGGCAUAGGGGACCUCCGCAGUCGCCUCGUCCGACUUAUACCAACGGAGCCCCCCUCGCCGGAACGGUCGGCCAUCUCGUCUCUCUUCAACCACCGCCUGUCGGCGACCUCUUUGGUGGACGCGGCCGGCGAAUGGCAGUCGAUCGUGGCCGGCACGGCUGAGCUGUGGCGGGGGAUCCCGUGGGCCAAGAAGGAGUUGAUCCGCUCGUUCUUCAACCUGCUCAAUCUCGAGAUUCUGAAACGGUCGAGGCCUUCGUCGACGUUCGACUUCACCUCCGCCAGUGUCGGAAACCUGUUCCUGACGGGUGCGCGGCUGUUCAGCGGCAGCAUCGAGUCGGCUAUCUAUCUACUGAGCAGCAUCUGCGCCAUCCCAGACGGCGAGGUGCAGGUGGUUCCUAGUAUCAACUCCAACUUCUCCCAUCACAUCGCAGCCGGACUUGCCAAUGGAGAGGUCAUUGUGGGACAGAACAACAUCUCGCAUCCCACGGCCGCGACAGCCUUGGACAUGCCGGCGGUUACAGUCUUGCCUGACACGACCACCAGCCACAGGAUCCGCCACAGUGUGGACCAUACAGAGGAGAUCGAAGACGCCAAUAUCCCAGGGACGCAUCCCAGUCUCCGCCAGCGGAACAUUAAAUUUACCAAGGACGAGGAUGAAGAUCUGCCGGCACGCAUCGAGCGGAUAUGGUACAUCAAUCCCUACGGUCAAGAAAUGCUCCCACCCGCCAAUCCUCGAGUCAUCUUAGCCAUCAAGGAUGCCCAAGCCAUCAUCUACUCCAUCGGUUCACUUUACACCUCCAUCAUUCCGUCCGUCGUCCUCAAAGGCGUCGGUGAGGCAUUGCGCUCUACCCCGGCUCGUCACAAGAUUCUUAUCCUCAAUGGCUCACUCGACCGUGAAACGGGUCCAAGUUCGAGUCCGUUCACGGCCUUUGACUUUGUCGAGGCCAUUGCUCGUGCCGGUGAAGAAUCUCGAGGAAACCCCUGGAGACUGGCCCUCCAUGAUUCACUGUCAGAUGAGACUUUCACUUCUUCGCUUGCAACAUCUGCUACGGCUUGUAGGCACGACUUGCUGGUCCCCGACACAUCGGCCGGUCCUAAUCUAAACACUGCAGGUGGCGAUUCCAUCUAUCGGAAAUACGUGACCCAUGUCAUCCAUCUGAGUGGCGAAGGGGCGCCGCGCGUCGAUCGCGACCAGCUGGCUUCCCUCGGCAUCGACUGUUUGAAGUUGUACGGGCGUAAAAGCGCCAAGGGCCUGAUGCUGUAUGACCCACAAGCUCUCGUUGGAGCAAUCGAGGCAAUCCUCGGCAAGAAAGGGGACGCCAUGGUGCUGAGUAGGAGUCGCCGCAACACUUAUGAUGGAUAG